UAGUUGUUUGUGACUUUCAAUUUGUUCCUGAGUGAUUAACAGUCGUGGUUUUUAAGGAUACAUUGAUUUACAUCGUAGUAUGGUAUAAUAAAUCGUCCCUUUUUUUUCUGGCUUUUGGAAUUUAUUGUUAGAACCUCAUUCAUUCAUGAAUUUCAGUAUGUGCAUAAAAGGUUAAAGUAUAAAGCCAAAUCAUCCGUAGACCACUCUGCAUUUUCAUGUUAUGGGCAAGAACAGGAGGCUAAGCUGUUGGAGGUUCAGUAAUGUCAGACUGAAAUUUCGUAUCCUGCAGCAAGUUUAUGUAACAUAGUACCAGCAGUAAAUAUGCCUGGAAAGCUAAAGGUCAGGAUUGUUGCUGGACGGCAUUUGCCUGUCAUGGACAGGGCCAGUGACCUGACAGAUGCUUUUGUAGAGGUGAAAUUUGGAAACACAACAUUCAAAACUGAUGUUUAUCCAAAAUCUCUCAACCCACAGUGGAACUCAGAAUGGUUUAAGUUUGAGGUUGAUGAUGAAGACUUGCAGGAUGAGCCCUUGCAGAUCACAGUUUUGGACCAUGAUACCUAUAGUGCUAACGAUGCUAUAGGGAAAGUCUAUAUAGACAUUGACCCUCUGUUAUCCAGUGAAGCGGCGACUGUUAUUUCUGGCUGGUUCCCUAUUUAUGACACUAUACAUGGCAUACGAGGAGAGAUUAAUGUGGUUGUGAAGGUGGACCUAUUCAAUGAUUUGAACCGUUUCAGACAGUCUUCAUGUGGAGUCAAAUUCUUUUGCACUACUUCCAUCCCUAGGUGUUACAGGGCAGUUGUAGUCCAUGGCUUUGUAGAAGAACUGGUGGUAAAUGAAGACCCAGAGUACCAAUGGAUAGAUAGAAUCCGAACCCCCAGGGCCUCCAAUGAAGCUCGGCAGAGGCUGAUCUCGCUGAUGUCUGGUGAGCUUCAGAGGAAGAUUGGUUUAAAGGUUCUGGAAAUGGGAGGCAAUGCGGUUGUGGGCUACCUGCAAUGUUUUGACCUGGAGGGAGAGUCUGGGCUGGUGGUACGAGCCAUUGGAACCGCCUGCACUCUGGAUAAAAUAAGUAACCCCUCUGCAGCUAACCUACCUGCAUGCAAUUCCCCGUCCAAAGAAAUCAAAGAGGUUCCCUUCAGUGAAGAUCCCAACCCUAAUACUCAUUCAUCUGGACCCUCCACCCCACUGAAAAACCAAACCUAUUCCUUUUCACCUUCCAAGUCCUACAGCCGACAGUCCUCCUCUUCUGACACAGAUUUGAGUUUGACACCUAAAACUGCAUCCCCCAUGGGGCCUAGGAUUUUCCUGUGCCCUAGCUCCCCUGCUCUUUCUUCUGAUUUCCCACCUCAUACAAACACUAUCCAACUUCCCCUGGGGUCUGGGACAACACACAGUUUUACUCUUCCACACUCUGGCCAUUCAAACCCAGUUGUGCUGAGAAAAACUGUCUCUUUCAGUGAGGAGUUGCUUCUGGCUGUCUCCGGAAUGGGCAGUGGUGGCAGUGCAGGGAAGGACGGACCACUAAAAACUCUACUGAGACAACAGACACAGUCAGCACUCGAGCAGAGGGAAUUCCCCUUUUUCACCUUGACAUGUUUUCCAAUGGGCUUUCUUGUCCAUGUUGGGGGUGUCGUCAGUGCACGGUCAGUGAAGCUUCUGGAUCGUAUCCACAACCCUGAUGAACCUGAAACUCGUGAUGCCUGGUGGGAAGAAAUCAGACAGGAGAUCAAAUCUCAUGCCAAAGCAUUGGGAUGCCAUGCUGUAGUUGGUUACAGCGAAUCAACAAGCAUCUGUGAAGAGGUUUGCAUUCUUUCUGCAUCUGGCACGGCAGCAGUUCUUAAUCCCAGGUUCCUCCAAGAUGGCUGCUUGGACAGCUGCAGUGAACACAGGUUGUCAAGGCAGCCUGCCUUCUUUUCCACAGGGUCAGAGAAGGGAGAGUUUGAUAUUUUUCUUCAGAGCAAGGAUAGUUCUUCCAUGUUAGGAUUAGAGGAGCCAUCUCCUCCUAGCUGUGGAUUUUGCCAUAUUCCUUAUGAUGAGCUGAACAUGCCUUUUCCAGCACAUCUUACAUACUGCUAUAAUUGCCGGAGGCAGAAAGUCCCAGAUGUUCUUUUCACCACAAUAGACUUGCCAGUUGAAGCUGCAGUAACUGGAAAAGGCUGCCUCAUCCAGGCCAGGCUAUGCCGUCUUAAGAAAAAGGCUCAGGGAGAGGCAAAUGCUACAGCCAUCAGUAACUUGCUUCCAUUCAUGGAGUAUGAGCUGCACACACAGCUGAUGAACAAGCUGAAGCUUCGUGGGAUGAAUGCUCUCUUUGGGCUCAGGAUCCAGAUCAGUGUCGGAGAAAACAUGCUGGUUGGCCUGGCAUCUGCCACGGGUGUGUAUUUAACUGCCCUGCCUACCCCAGGGGGUAUCCAGAUUGCUGGUAAAACUCCAAGUGACAUGUCUUAUGAGCAGCAUAUAUCAAACAUGCAAAAGAAGAUCAAUGACACCAUUGCCAAAAACAAAGAGCUGUAUGAGAUAAACCCCCCUGAGGUAAUUGAUGAAAUAAUUGGUUCACCGAUCCCAGAGCCCCGGCAGCGAUCCAGACUCUUUAGGUCUCACUCGGAGAGUUCUGAUGAGGUGUCUGAGCUGGAUCUGUCCCAUGGGAAGAAGGACGCCUUUGUCCUUGAGAUUGAUGAUGCCGAUGCAGUAGAAGAUAUCCAUUCUUUACUGACAGAUGCUCCUUUGCCACCAGGGUUUUAUAGUUGCAAUACCGAGAUAAUGCCAGGGAUAUACAACUGGACAGCUGGAGUGCAGAUGUUUACCUCAGUGAGAGUAUUCAGGUUAAACAAUGCGAUCUUGACAAACCAGGGACUCAACAAGACUUUUAAUGAUCUCUGUGAGAAUCUGCUAAAGAGUCUAUAUUUUAAACUGCGUUCCAUGAUCCCUUGCUGCCUGUGCCAUGUGAACUUCGCUGUGGCUGUGCCUGAGGAUGAACUUAUUCAGGUGGCUGUCACUGCUGUUGCAAUGACUUUUGACAAAGACCAAGCCCAAGAAAACUGGAAACUCAGUGUGGAUAAGUCACUCAUGAAAGUGAUAAGUGAAAAUGAGGAACAACUCCAAUUUCCAUUAGAGCUGUGUUCCGACUCCCCAUGUGCAAACCCCUUCUCACCCGGCAAAAGCACAGGACUUCAGGAGUCCACAGGCAUGCACACAGUCCCUGGUGCUCAAAGAGCCACCUCAGUUGAUUACAGUUCCUUUGCAGACAGAUGCAGCACCUGGAUAGAGCUCAUUAAACUGAAAGCUCAGACCAUAAGACGAGGAUCAAUUAAGACAACUUCUUCACUUGAAAAAGCCAGUCCUCUGGCUGAAGGUCACUCACGUCUUCGUUCUACUACGUCAUCCGCAGGCUGUACUGUCACUGUUGUCAAAAUGACUCCGCUCUCUUUCAUCCCUGGUGCAAAAAUAAUCAAAUACGUUGGCAUCAUUAAUAUGUUCUUCAUCCGAGAAACCACAUCGUUGCGGGAGGAGGGUGGUGUCAGUGGCUUUCUUCAUGCAUUCAUUGCUGAGGUAUUUGCAAUGGUCAGAGCCCAUGUCGCAGCACUGGGUGGAAAUGCUGUGGUCUCUUACAUCAUGAAGGAGUGUGUUUUCAUGGAGAAUCCAAACAAGAAUCAGGCUCAGUGCCUAAUCAAUGUCAGUGGUGAUGCAGUGAUCUUUGUCCGUGAGUCUGAACUGGAAGCCAUGCCUGUACAGCCACAGACAUCAACAGCACAAAGUUCCAGCAGUGGAGGAGACAUUACUACAUGAAGACAAUUAUGUGCUAUUGCACACGUAAACAAAAUCAGUUCCAGGUUGUGGCUGCCUUAAAUCCCGAUUGCUUCCUUUUCAACAGUCCUUUAAUCUAUUUUUUUUUUCCACUGAGGAGUGAAUUGGUGCAGAUCUUUCCAGUACUCAAGAAUCAGGAGCCAUCACUCACUUAACCAUCAUUUUGCAUUUUUGCAUGAAAAGGCAUCUUUAAUUAGACUCAGAUGACUUUCCCUUGUUUGUAGUUAAGAGCAUAGAAGUUCCUUUUGUGAGAGCAUGGGCAAAUUUAUGUCAUUUUCAAUUUAAAAAAUCUGUCAUUGGAGACUUCUAAUGUUUCACCCUACAUUUAGGUACCAAAAUUCCUGUUUAUCAGUACUUAUGUUUAUUGUUGUUUUUUUUUAAUGCAACAAGACAUGCCACUGUUACAAAAAAUUGUACAUUAUGAACACCAAAUUAAUAGUCCUGCUAUUUCAAUUUCAGUAGCAUUAGCUACAGUACAUCUAUAGCUGUUCUACCAUAUUUUUUACUUUAAUUCUUUCCACUAGAUGAAUCAUGUUAAAUUCCCGUUUAUCAUCCUUGACUGUUAUUUUGGUACUGGGCUUUAUCUUACCUGGCUAAGGGACUUAGGUAUGACUGACUGAAAUUCUGACUGGUUUUGUUUUUUGGUUAAACCACAAAAGCAUUGCUGUUAGAGUUGGUAAAUAGCUUUAAAGGAGCUUAAAAUGUGUUUUUGAAAUCUCAUGAACAUACUACUGAACCUUGAUAUUUUUAAAUUGUCAAAUGUUAAAGUUUCUGACUGCAGUAACAAUUUGUAGAAUAGGUGCCACAGAAAAAUUGUGUAAAUGUACUAAAAUCUAAAAUAGUAUUUUUGUAAUGAAGUGAGAAAUCAGUCUAAAGUCCAUAUUUUGCAUGUGUAUGUGCAACUUAAUCUUAGGUUUUGAAUUUAUAUUGUUUGAAAGGUGUUGGUAUAUAAUGAGCGUAUUUGUUGGUUAAGGUAAUGCAGGUUCAAACCAAUUGAGACUUGAAUGUAUAUAUAGACUGCUGCGUAGUUUAAUUGGCAGCUUGCUGACCUUUCCUGUCAACCUUUUUCUUUGUUUAUUGGCUUGAAGAGUCUAUCUUGAAAAAUAAAAUCAUAUGUUGAAAUAAUAUACCAUAUACAGCAUUUCAAUGUAUUUUUUAAAUUGUAUUAUUUUGCUUUCCAAUAAGAAUCAAGCACUUGGUAUAGCUUUAUUGUUAUGAAUUGUUUGGAACCAGAGAGACAGUUAUUUCCAAGUUGCAUAUUAAAUUAAUGUUGUGGUAUUUAGAUACUCAAAAUUAACUAUCCAGAAUUAUUGAUGAAUGAUUUAUGUAGAAAGACAAAGUGAUACUCUUAUUGGCAUUUCACUAUACUUUUUCCAUUUUUCAUGGCUGCAGAUGAGUACCAAUGUCUCAUUGAUUCAAGCUUUUGCAAUUAUGUGCAUGAGAGUUAGUGUUUACAUUCUUUGUGCUUUGGAAAUGUCUUAUAAUGAUUGUGACUAUUGAAAAAUCCAGACAUCUUACAUGAAAAGGAUUUAAGUUUGUUCCUUGCUAAGAAAUGUCCGAUAUGUUCAGACAAGCACAAAUAUGCAAAUAAAUGUCUCAAAUAUCGCCAGGAAAUAGUUGAAAGAUGGUGUUCAGUAAUAGUAGAAUGAAGUGAUUCACCAUCUGUGUUGCUAGAAAGAAACCAUUCAUCGACAGAAGGAAACGUUUAUUAGGCAUAAAAUAGUAUGUUGAAACUGGCUCCAGUUAGAGCAUUUGGCUUUUCCUGCCAGGAGUUGUAUGUGUUCACUUAUCCUAGUAAAGACCCUUGUGGCAGAAUUUUGUGUAAGCAGUAGCCAAAUAAUGCUUGUGUUGUAUAUCCUGAAAAAAGAGCAUUAUGGUUCAAUCUGAAAUCAUGGAUUAGGACAGAGAAAUGUGUGGCUCAAAAAAUGUUUCCCAGAUUCCUUUGGAUUUUAUAUUGGCUGUUAAGAAACCAUUUUUAGCUAAUUAUAUUUCUGUUGUGUACCUAGUCAAUCAAGAUACUGUAUCUUCACAGAGUUUAGUUUCGUAAAUGUCGGUAAUACACUCACGGAAGACUGAUAUUGGGGUAUUGUCACCAGGCUUUGCACACUUGUACAAUUUUGUAUCAUCAACACUGUUGUAAAAGUAAACCAUAAGCUUUGUAACUAAUAUGACUCAAUGGUAACCUAUAUAAAGAAAAUAAAAUUGGAUCACAAAUACAACUGUUUUAAAGUUUUA